AUGCUUGACGAACGGCUUCAUAUUCGGCAAUCAAUUGCCGUGAUUUUGAAAGUUUUAUAUUCGUUCCCAGAGGCUAUUGUAACCAUGUCUACAAGAAGUGAUGUCCGUGAUAUCUUGGAAUUAGAUGGCGAUCCCUACCAUCAACCUGUCACCAGGAAAACUUUAAUGGAUGAUAAAAAAUAUAAAAAUAAAAAAUCCGACCCAACUUUUAAACGACCUGAGGGAAUGCACAGAGAACUAUGGGGUCUUCUUUGGACAGACAACAAAUACAUGAAGGAUUCUCCACCCAUUUUACCAACGGAUAUUAAUCAAGGAUACAAGCAAUUAAAGGCUAAACUUGGCAGCCAGAAAGUUCGUCCAUGGAAAUGGAUGCCUUUUACAAAUCCAGCUCGAAAGGAUGGAACUAUUUUCUUGCAUUGGAGGCGAGUAGCAGAUGAAGCAAAAGAUUACCCAUUUGCUAGAUUUAACAAGACUGUUGAUGUUCCUACCUACUCUGACCUUGAGUAUCAACAGCAUCUUCAUGAGGACAACUGGACACGGCAUGAAACUGACCACUUAUUUGAUCUGUGUCGGCGCUUUGACCUUAGGUUUAUCCUCAUUCACGACCGAUGGGACCGAGAAAAGUAUCCCAAUAGAAGUGUGGAAGAUUUGAAGGAACGAUAUUACAACAUCUGCAAUACUCUGGUUAAAGUUCGAGCUACACAAGGACAAGAACCUAAAAUUUGGGUAUUUGAUGCAAAUCAUGAAAGAAAGAGGAAACUUCAGUUGAUUCAACUCUUUAACCGUACACCAAAACAAGUUGAGGAAGAGGAGCAUUUAAUAGCAGAACUGAAGAAGAUUGAAUUACGUAAAAAAGAACGUGAAAAGAAGACACAAGACUUGCAGAAGUUGAUUACAGCUGCUGACAGUAACAUUGAUAAUCGACGUGUUGAAAGGAAAACAACCAAAAAGAAAGUUUACCAACAACAGAAACUGAAGGAAGGAGGGGUUUGUAGUGUAACUCCUGAGACUGGAGGCAUUAAAUUCCCAGAUUACAAACAAUCAGGUGUUUCACUACGCAGCCAGAGGAUGAAGUUACCAGCUUCUAUUGGACAGAAGAAAACCAAAGCUAUAGAGCAAGUCUUGGAGGAAUUGUCAAUAGAGUACAAUCCAAUGGCAACUGAAGAGAUUGUUCAACACUUCAAUGAAUUACGGCAAGACAUUGUCCUCUUGUAUGAACUGAAACUGGCAUUGGCUAGUUGUGAAUAUGACCUGCAGACUCUUCGUCAUCAGUAUGAGACUUUGUCUCCUUCUGGCAAGCGGAAACGGAAAGCUGCCGUGGAACAGUCAAAUGUAUUGAAGAAGAUAAAGCAGAAAGUUUGA